CGCGCAGUUCGCCCUGGCGGUCACCGCAGAGUCGAGGAUUUGUCGGAACAAGUGAAAAAAAAUCGGGUGUUUGCACGACUUUUGAAGAAUUAAAUAUUUAAAAAAAUAAAAAUAAAAAACGGUUGUUAAAAGUGAGAGAUGCGUGCGAUCAUUCAUGGGUAAUGGAGGGGACGGUGAAAAAAUAUUCCAAAAAAUGGUAAAACUGUCAGUUUAAGGAAAAUCGCGAAUUUCAGUGUUCGGAAAAAAGAAUAAUUCGUGCACAUCGUUCAUCAAUCAUUUACUGAUUGAUUGACUAAAUCGGUGGGUUUGGAACGAAUAGAUCGAUAGGCCAAGAUGAAUGAAGUUACAUUGCCUCCGUCGCCAAAUUGGUACCUCAACAGCAUAUUGUCUUGUGCUAACGAUGGAACAGUCGCUUGGGGUGCCAGAAAUUCUAUAGUUGUGGCCAAACCACAGGAGAACAGCAAAAAUCUCAGUUAUUCUCUCAUCAGUAACGCACAUCCCGACAAGGUUACUAGUCUUGCAUUUUCUCCAGAAUAUGGACAACCGCAUAAGAAUCUCCUCAUAUCUGGAGGAGAUGAACACAUAGCAAGGAUAUGGAAUUUGGACACUAUGAGCGCCAUAUUGUCUCAACAAUAUAUUGAUACAAAACAAAAAGUUAUAGCAGUCGAUUGGUCAAAAUGCAAUCCAGAUCUCGUGUGUUUCGUGAGUCACGAGGGUCUUCUAAUGGCUUGGACUAUUUCUUACAACGGUUGCCAAUUAUUUUCAUUUGGCAAAUUAACCGCCACGUGUUUGGCAUGCUCGCCUCACAAGUCGAAUAUAGUUGCGAUGGGAUGUAAAAGUGGUCUUGUAUACAUCCUGAACUUGCAAGGGAAUGGGACUAUAAAUUAUAAACUGAGGGGUCACGAUGUCGAGAUCACGAGUCUCUCUUGGUGUCCUAUUGAUGAAAAUAUUGUUACUGACUCAGGAUCUAAGGAUAUGCUUCUUGCUUCUGGAGCAAAAGACAAAUUUGUAUUCGUGUGGCGAGCAGGUAGUGAUGGACGCUAUGAAUUGAAUAUUCCUAUGCCAGUUGCGCCAAUGAAUUCAAGCCAGCACAGAGUUAAAAUGCCCGCCUCCGUCGGAAAUUGGACGGCUGUUUGUUGGUCCCAACCAAAAACACUUAUGGUCAGUUCUUCCUGGGGUGAAUUAAUAUCCUGGGAUCUCACGAGUGGUGCUAAAAAUCAACCUACUUGCAAACUCUUACAUGCUCAUCAUACGCGUGGAUUAUUUUGCAUUGCGGAUGUGCCAAGAAAGGCUCCGACAGAGGAAAAAACUUGGAGAAAUUCUUCACCUACAAUCGUAUGGACACUCGCGCAAGAUCGUCAAGUGAUAAAAAGUUCGGUGAUGGGCCCAUUAUGUACACUCGAAUACAGUACACCUACUCAAGGUGGAUACAUUUACUGUAUGGCUGCUUGUCCUCUGGAUACUUCGCGAAUAGCUUUUGGUGCUGGAGAUGCGAUGUUAAGGUUGUGGAAUUUAUCGGAGCCUCACCAGACAACUUUCGAUGUGACAACGCAGUGGCAAAAAAUAAUGGGAAAAAUUCGAUCGAUCGCUUGGCAUCCGGAAAAAGAAAAUUUAUUGGCUUUUGGAACUGGCGAGGGACGUGUCGGUGUUUGGGACACGAAUUCGAACACGAAACCCCCGAUUCUGUAUCGUCAGUACCAUCGGCAUACUGUUUAUUCUCUCGGAUGGGGUCCCAAUCCGGAUAACGAAAGUUUUGUUCUUUACUCCUGCGGUGAUAACGAACUCGUCUACUAUCCAUCGGAAAAACCUACACAAGAAGCCAAGUGCAUCGUGAAAAAAAACUGUACGGAGUUCGCCUGGAAACCAAACUAUACUUGUAUCGCAGUCGGUUACAACGAUGGAGCAAUUUCUCUCAUGAGCCGAAAUUUCAGCGAAAUUGGUAAACCAUUUUAUGCAAUGAAGAACGCGGUGCAGUGUUUAGCUUGGCAUCCUGACAGUACUUCGACCGAUUUGGGUUUUUCUCCACUACGAAAUUAUCUGGCAGUUGCGAUAAAUUCGCCGACGAUAACGAUUCUUGAUGCAACGGAGUUACUGAACGUUCUAGAGAAUUCUAAAGUGUCAAACGAAAUUGAAAGGACUGCCGAAAACGAUUUGGCGCGGUUUAAAAUCGUGGCGAGUCUGACAGGGCACAGCGACAAAGUAGUUUCACUGGCAUGGAGCUCGCACUUCAGUGGGUACUUGAUAUCCGCAAGCUAUGAUAACACAGCGCAAGUUUGGAGCAUCGAGACGCAGCGGCUCAUCGCAACUUACACCGGUCAUAAAGCACCGGUGCAAUGUUGCAUGUGGAGUCCUUUGAAUCCGGACUACGCAAUAACCGGCUCGUCUGAUUUUAUCGUGCGGGUUUGGAAAAUUUCGGAUCAGGAAGUCGUUCAACCUGUUGAAAAAAUAUAUCAGAAACGUAUAAGAACGAAGAAAAGCAAGAGCAAAAAAGCAGCUCAAGAAGUACCUAAUGAAAUGGCUCCAGAGACGAAAGCAUGCGAGUCAGAACCGUUGAAAUCGGAAGUUCCGGAUCAGACUAAGGAAAGUGUUCAUAUUAGUAACGGUCUAAAGCCAAUAAAGGAAAAACCAAAAAAAGGCUCUUAUCUUUCGGCGUAUUCGAAACGUUUGUCUGAUAAGUCUGCUUACGUUGAAUCACUUCGAGAUCUUAUGACUAAAGAUUGGAAAGUCGGGACGGAUGUGGUGGAUGAAAAAACGGAUGAGAGUACUGAAAAAAUUCCAACGAUUUUUGGCAGCUCGAAAAAUAUCACGAUGAUUUUGGAUCAAGAACACAUUUCUCUCAAGAGUCAAGCUCAUUACAAUAUGAGCACAGAAAUAAGUAUGUGGAACAAUGGCUUGAGGAAAAAUUUGCAAGAAGCCAUAGCGGAGAAGAGAUUAAAUGAUUUUUUGGUGUCUCUCUCAGCUGGUCUGUCUAUGAAAACCUGGCAAGAGACUUGCGAAGCUUACGCGACUCAAUUAGUGUUUGAAUCGAAUCCCACAAAGGCUGUUUCUUAUCUUCUUUCCAUUCAUAAGAUUCAUCGUGCAAUCGAAAUUUACAUUGAUCAAAAAAUGUACAAAGAAGCUUACGUUCUCGCGAGAUGCAAAGUUGACAAAGAAGAUGAAAUAUUAACGAAGAUUCUCAACGAAUGGGCGAACAACGCGAGCAGAGACGGUAAUUUCGAGGAAGCAGCUCAAUGUUAUGUUAAACUUGGGGAUUUUGCAAAAGCCGCUAGACUUUUGAGCCGACGAAAAGAUCUCAAAGUUUUGGAACUCAGUGCGGAACUUGGACAACUCACCAGUGAGCCCGGGUUGUCCGAGUCUUUGGCCGAACAAGCUUUCAACGAGUGUCUUCUUGUUUCGGACUGUGCAACUGCAAGAAAAUUUGUCGAAAAAUUUUCAGAAAUAAAUCAUCGUCGAGCACAGUUAGAAGUAUUUGAAGAAAUGAAAAAAAUUGUGGCAAAAGUUAUCGAUCCUUGUACGAUGUCCGCGUGGAUUGAGGAUGGAGGGGGAAGUAAUCUUUUGGAAACAUUGCGAUCAAAAUGCGAGAAUAAUCUUGAUCAUUACAAUGUUUUGUCACAGGCUACAAAUUUCUCUACUCCAGAAAACGAGCAAAUGCUUUGGAUCACUGCGAGUCAUUAUUUAGCAUUAUACGCAAUCGCGGAUUCGUUACAAAAACAAAUUUGCCAUUUAGUUGCCGCUGUCGGAGCCGUUUCACAGUAUGAAACUGUUUAUCCAACGAAAACAAACAGCAACGGUGGAAGUUUACUGAUCAGAUUACUCGUUAAUUUAGAAAAUACAAGUCCUGAAAACGAGAAUAGUUUAUUUGUUAAAAAUGACUUGAGUGUUUGUAAGAGUUUACGAGCUUUCUUGUGUCUCGGUCUUCUCGAUUGGCUCAAUUCCCACGAUAUUACUGAUCUCAAAAAUCUCGACAAAAUUUUGAGACUCGUCGAAAACAUGUUAGAGGAUACUCUCAAUAAGCAGAGCGUCGAGUACUCGACAAUGACGAACGAGAUCAACAAACUCGAGACUUCACUCGCAGCUGCACUCGGAAGUUUUCAAAAACCUGAGGACGAAAAUGAAGACAAAGAAAAUAGGAAGCGUCUUCUCGAAAGAUUGGAUCACUUGAGGAACGAAAAAAAACGUUUUUUGGAAGAACGCGUUUGCGCGCCCAGUCCAAUGCUCGCUUAUAGCAAAGCGACCGAAUUAGCGAGUAUUCUAGCGGACGGUGACACUAAGGAUAGUUUCACGAAAACCCUGACCGAGACAUGGUUGAAAGCGAUAUCCUAAAGCAGUAUUACAAUUUACCAAUCGUAGAACGAUUGAUAAAAUAUCUGGGCUUUAUUUUUAUACGAAAUUUUUUGUACGAUAGCACUGAGAUUUUUUGGUUUUUCUUUCGCUCCCCUUCGAUAACGAAGAAUACUUUUUUUCAUUAAAGUUUGCAGUUUUGUUGGAAGAUAGAAAACAGGCAAAAUUUUCAUUUCAGGAAUAAAAACACUUUUAUACAAUUAAAA